GCCAUUGAACCAUUUAUGUACAUAGUGUUUACUCAUUGUUCUGAACCGUGUGUGCUGUAUAUAAUCUCACGGCCAGAGUUGCUUUCCACAUCCCGGGGACUUGGAAGGCGAAGAUCAUUUCACAGGAUGAAGUGUUUCCUGGGCAUCCUCAUAGCCUUUGGCCUCACAGUGACGGGCUGCGAUGCAGAAUGCAUAUUUAGAAGACUCUAUUUCAACCCACUCAAAGUCACCACUGGCUGUGUGGACCAGCUUGGGGUAGAGCAUGGAUUCAAUACUGUUUGGAAGACCAAAGAGUGCUACGAGUGCAGCUGUUCCACCAUUGGAAUAAGCUGCUGUAACUUAGCAACUAAACCUUUUGGCUUUGAUGUAGAGAAGUGCUCAGCCAUUUUCCACAUAGAGUCCUGCAGCUACUCUCUGGUGUCCAAGUUCGACCCUUCAAAAACUUGUGCGGCGGCUCAGUGGAUACGUUAAAGGAUAACACCCUCUCAGAAAUGUUUCUCCGCUGCACACCUCCACUCCAGCCAAAGGAAAUACUCCGGCUAGCUGGGGUCGUUGGGGCCCCAGAGACAGGGCUGUGAAGAAUUCUCAUCACCUUGUUGUCCUUCGUUGUGUACAGAGUGCCAAAAAGUACAAUGUGAUUUGUAUCUAAUACUCCCCACUUCUCUUGGUAGCCAUGUCUCGGUCAAUGAGCUGUGUGGAGACCCCUUGAACCCCUGUAGAAUAAAAUCAGAGAGAGCAUCA